AAAUACUGCGUCGUGCGGAGGAAAGGAGAGUGUCCCAAAUCCGCCUUGCUCGGGAGCAGGCUUGGAGAAAGGAGGAGGCGUGUCUUAGGACGGCCUUUGCUUUCGCUGGCGGAGCCGGGCGCUCCUGGAAAGCGCGAAAUGAAAGCGGGUCGCGGCAGCCCCCGAACCUAGGCGUUCUUCCAUUUUCUUGCCCCCGAAGAAUUUUGUAUUACUUCCUAUAGGCUGAACGAGCUCGCAUUCAGCGCUGAAGAAAAACUUAAGUUCUGGAAAUAGCGACUCAGUAUCAUGGCCAGCAGCCUUAAUGAAGAUCCAGAAGGAAGCAGAAUAACUUAUGUGAAAGGAGACCUUUUUGCAUGCCCCAAAACAGACUCUUUAGCCCACUGUAUCAGUGAGGAUUGUCGCAUGGGUGCUGGGAUAGCUGUCCUCUUCAAGAAGAAAUUUGGAGGGGUGCAAGAACUGUUAAGUCAACAAAAGAAAUCUGGAGAAGUGGCUGUUCUGAAGAGAGAUGGGCGCUAUAUAUACUACUUGAUUACAAAGAAAAGGGCUUCGCACAAACCAACUUAUGAAAACUUACGGAAGAGUUUAGAAGCCAUGAAGUCCCAUUGUCUGAAAAAUGGAGUCACCGACCUUUCCAUGCCCAGGAUUGGAUGUGGUCUUGAUCGUCUGCAGUGGGAAAAUGUAUCUGCAAUGAUCGAGGAGGUAUUUGAGGCAACAGACAUCAAAAUUACUGUGUACACACUCUGAACAGAUGAACAUUUUGGAUGUGUC